AUGUCUGAGGAUCUCCAAGCCAGACACGCUGCCGUGCAGGAAGCCAUCUCCAAGCGGCCUCCGUUCGUUAGCGGGACUCUCGACGUUCCCGACAGCGACCUGAAGCUCUACUUCGGCGAGGUCGACGAUGCGUACUGCCUCAACUUCGCGCGAGCAACGGAGGAGCAGCUCGCCAAACUGACCGCCGCCUGCGACCCCGCCACAUUUGGCGUCAAGAAGGAAGAUGUCCUCGACGAGUCGUACCGCAAGGCCGGCAAGCUCGAUACCGACAAGUUUGCGUCGCUGCUUAAGGUCGCAGAGUACGGAUUGAUUGACACGGUCCGCGACGAGCUGUUGCUAGAAGGCGCGGACAGCACGAAGCAAAUUGCGUGCGAACUGUACAAGCUUAACGUUUAUGGCAAGGACUCGUUCUUCAAGUCCCACAAGGACACCCCGCGCAGCGAGCGCAUGUUCGGCUCGCUUGUCAUCGUUCUCCCCACUCCCCACGAAGGCGGCGCCCUCGUCCUGCGCGAGGACGGCCACGAGUGGGUGUUCGAUUACGCCGCCGAGAUCGCGAACUCGACGAAGAUUGCCUACGUUGCGUUUUUCGGCGACAUCGAGCACGAAGUCCUCACCGUCGCUUCUGGACACCGCGUCACUUUGACGUAUAACCUAUAUUUUGACGCCGCGCCGACGGCUGAGCGCUCUGACAGCAAGGUUGUUCCCCGCAGCGUCGCUGACGCUGACGCACCUUUUCGUGAGGCAUUGCAGAAGCUUCUGCAGGAUCCUGCCCUGCUCCCGAAGGGCGGUUAUUUGGCCUUUGGCCUCCGCUUCAUGUACCCCUGCAACCAGGGUAUGAAACUUCAAAGAUUGCGCCAUCAUCUGAAGGGCGCCGACGCCAUGGUCGCGCGCGUGUGCAAGGAGUUUGGGCUUCGGGGCAAGUUGAUGGUCACUUAUCCUGGUGAUGAUGAAUUCGAGUCCAAGGACGUUCACAUAAUAAUGGACGCGCCCUUUGGGGAUUGCUACCUUACGGAGGAUGACUCGUUUCAAGACCUACUCCUCCGGAACGGUGGCAAGCGAAUUUGUGCGAUGGGGUCCGACGCCGGGGAGGAUUUUAUUGGUGGCUGUACGGAGGCCCUUUGGGUGGUACCGCUCAGCCAAUUCAAUGAGGUGAAGGAGGCUCAUGGUGCGCGCACUUUCUCGCAGUUGCAUUCUCAACUGAACCGAACCGUUGACUAGCGGCGUACGGCAACAGCCCCAGCGUGGAUUACGAGUAUGCAUACCUUGCGUACUUUGUGAAGAUCAAACCAGGCGACGCGCGAGGUGCCAGUGCAGACCUGCCCAAGUCAGAGGCCGGUGAAAGUCAUUCCUCGCGUAGUUCCGCAGACGUUGAGGAGUCUGAGUCUGGCACACCUGAGCACCUCAGCCAAGAAGCCGACGAGAAUGAACACGAUGAUGGGACCCCUUCCCCGCCGCGCAAGCGCCAGCGCAGCGAAGGAAGUGUUUAGGUUCCAGUUUACCUUUGUUUCCUUUGUUCUCCUCGCUUCGUCUUGUGUGCUAUCCCUACAUACAAGGUGACUCCUAUUUCCUUGCAAACGUCGGGAUGCAAUGUACUUGGUGAAAUGUCAAACUCUGAAG